AUGUAAACAAAAAUCACAUCAACUACUAUUGACUGUCAAUCAUUUAGACUUUUUUAAGAUCUCAUCAACAAGUGAUUUUAUUAAAAAAAAUACCAAUAUUUUAAAAUGAGCGCUUGCGAACCGGAAAGUAUUAUAAAAAUAAUAAAUGCUGUAAGAAAACAAGAGAGUCUGUGGAAUGUUCAUUGCAAUGAUUAUGGUAAGCGUGAUAAAUUAGAGAAAGCCUGGAACGAAGUUGCCCAGGAAGUAGGUAAACCGGAUGUAUUCUGUCGUGAUAAAUGGCGCAAUGUUCGAACAGGAUUCCUACGUAGUAUUCAACAUCAAAUACGUGACAGCACUGAUGAUUCCAAUGGCCUAAAACGCAAACGUUUCUAUCUACAUGAUCAAAUGGCUUUUCUUCUACCAGCUGCAGAGGCUCUCGAAUGUACACGUAAAAAACGUAAACUGAACAAGGAACACAAAUCCUUAGUUGAAACUGAUGACACCGAUGGUGAUAGCUCAAACAUUUUGGCUGAAUAUAAUUUAAUAAGAAAAAUUGAACCACUCGAGAAUGAAGAAAAUGAAAGUGAAGAAUUCGAACACCAUACUCUAAUGAUAAAUGGAGAAGUUUAUACCGACAAUGAUGAUGAAGAGAUUUUUAAGAUACUAGAACAUAAUAAAAACACAAAAAGUAUUGAAAAUGCUAAUAGUAAAGAUAAACAUCAGCAAUUAUCAACAAAACAUAAGGAGUCUAAUGGUAUAGAAGUUAUUACAAAUAACAAUCUUAGCAGAAGUGAUACGUCUAUGAUUAAUGAACAAAAUAAUAUUGAAUUUGAUUCAAAACUGAAUAAUUAUAAAAAUGUUUCUGCAGUAAAGUACUACUCUCCACAGUUUAGUCAAAGAGAAGAGCAACAGUUAGUCGAAUUUUUUCGCGGUUGUAUUGAUGAUAUUUUAACAUUAUCGAAACGAAAACAACGUUUAUUUAAAAAACGUAUGUUGGAUAUUAUUGAUGAACUUCAUGAUUCCUAACACAUACAUAUGUAUGUCUUCUAGACGUUAAAAAAGAGCAAAAAGGCCAAAUGUACUUUUAAAAUCAUUAUCGAUAAUCAUCAUCAUUAAUCUACAGUUGAUUUAAAUGAGUUUUUUUUAAUACUUUUUAUAAACCCUCAAUUUUUAUUGGUCUUUUUUUUUAUUCUAAUAUAAUAAUUUAUAACUCUAGCAAAUGCACAUAAUAAAUUUCAUUAAUAUUUUUUUCUAACA